UGGUGUGAGAUUCAGGGUCUUCCGGGGAUCCUGCUCAAUCCGACAUCCACGAUAUACUAAUAAAUAGUAACACUAGACACGGAACACAUCCUGUAUCUACAGGGAAUAAACAUAAUCUGACAUCCCUUCAUCACUUGAGGGAGAGAGAGAAGAAAAUCCCUUGUAAAGAGAGCGUGGGCAGCCCAAGAGCUGGUCUAUUAUAUGGCAGGGAUGGUGCUGUGGAAGUGCACCGGGGAGACCCUGUCACAGAUUGCCGUCCUCUACCGCAGACUGCUGUUUAAUUGGACGGUCUAUUAUACGGCAAGGAUGGUGCUGUGCAAAGGCACCUGGGAGUCCCGCUCACAGACCACCGGCCCCUACCCCCUGCUUAAUUGGCUGGUCUCCAUCGCUAGACAAAACAUGAUCACAUGCAACAUUACGCUGCAACACGGCGAGUUGCAGCAUUCACAGUUCCCCAGCCACUUUAUUUGACCCGAUCAAAUCAGAGAGCAAUUUUCAAAAUGAACUGACGGACUAAUAAUAGGCUAGUCAGUGUAUUGGCUGCGAGGUUUCACGUCCCCAUGGGGAAAAUGGUUGAUUGAAAUGUGGAGUUUUACACUUACUAUUGUGAUCGGAAAUGGUGGAUUGACAGGUAGCCUACCUACAGUAUGUCAAGGACAUUGCCUUUAUAACGUGUUCCGGUCACACGAGGAGAAAAAAAAAACGACAUUGUACUGGGUGGCAACGUCAAGGUCUGGAAGGAAUGGAAACUCCUGGUAGUUCUUCACUCCACAGGACUGAUAAAAGAUUCAUGAGAAGGUCCAAAGUGGCCAGGUGUCAGGCUGUAUCAACCUGUGGAGGAACACGAUCGACAAUGGAGGCAUGGGGAAAAGUGUCAGGUGAUCGCUCUCCCUGACACAUUUCAAUCAAAGUUCUGCGUGUGUGUGUGCGUGAGUGUGUGGGUUGGGGGGGGUGAGGAAGGCGGCGCAUGUAUCUUGUGCGCAGGGCUGCCCAUCCAUGUUCAUGGAGAUCUACUGUCCUGUAGGUUUUCUCUCCAACUCAAUUCGUGACUAACCUGUUUUAGCUAUUCAUCUUGUUAAUGAUUAAAAUCAGGUGUGCUAAAUUAGAGUUGGAGAGAAAACCUACAGGAGAGCAGAUCUCCAGGAACAGGGUUGGGCAGCCCUGGUGUAGAGCUUGCUGGUUCUGAUCUUGGCACUGAACUAAGCAAGGCUUAAAUAUAAAAUAAUAUGGAAAAGCCCAGGAAAAUAUCAACCAAUUGAAGGACUGUGGACGAAAUAUCAAAGCUUGGUUGUGGUGGAUACAAAUGCUGCAUCAAAAAAGGAGGUCAAAGGUCAGGGACAGGGUGCUUGCAUUUCUCCUGUUCCAUUCACAUGUACAAAUGCAGAAUUAAAAAAGUGGUUAGAAACCUUUCCAUCAGCCUUCAUUUACAGACACAGACAGAAGGAUGACAUCAGCCCCCUUGAAUCUAUCUAUUAAUCAUUGGUUAAAUUGAUUUUUGCUGGGAAGCUUUUUCAAGUUUAUGUGAACUAAACCAGGGUGGAGGCAAACAAACGGACCUACUAGUGCAGACAUACACUCAUAUGGGUGAACACACACACACCUGUUGGUCUAACAUGAAAAGUGCCUGGUUCAAGCAAAGCACCUGCGCUCCGAUCCUAUCGAGUGUGGUUAACGAAAGACUACCGUACUUUGCUGCUCGCGCUCGGCGGAUUUCCCACGUAAAGAAUGGAGAACCCCAGAAGAACAAAUGCUGAGAAGACCAGUGGGGAGGAGGAGUGUUCUAUGGCUUUGUCUAAAGAAAUGGACAAAGAGAUGUACACACUCCAAAACAGCCUUGACCGCUACAAGGCCAGGAAAUGGAAGUGGACAAAAAAGAUGGAGAUCAAGAGAAGAAAACAGGAUGUUGUGCUUUACUAUGUCCCCUCGUACAGAGCUAAAAAACAAGAUUUUUUAAAUUUCUGGCAGGAGAAGGUAGAAUUGGAGAGAAGGCUGAGGAAGGCAGAUGAGAAAGAUGUGGCCAGUCAAAGACAGAUCAAUGCUCUCCAGAAAACCUUCCACGCCAAAGAAGAAAUUUGGAAGACUUGUCAUUCUAAGCUUCAGGAGACCAUCAAGGCCAAAGAAGAAAUGUUGGUUGCCAGUCAGUCAGAGCUUCAGAAGUCCCUACAGGCCAAAGCAGAAAUGCAGACAGAGAUAGAAAAUCUCUUGAAACUCAACCAUCAAGACAAAAUGACCAAGGUCAAUCAGGACCUGCAGGACAUCACCAUAUCUGAGGAGAGCUGGAUGGAGGAGAAGACAGAACUUGAGAGGAGGGUCAGAAAGGCAGAGGAGAGAGAGAUGGCCGGCCAGGAACUCAUAAAUGCUCUCCAGAAUAAAAACAAAGAGCAAAUCAAAGAGAAAGAAGACCUGGAGAGGAGGAUAACGGCCAGUCAGGAAACCCUCAAGGCUUUUGACAUUGAACACGUCCACGCUGACAUGAUUAGAAACUUGAGGUGGAAAGCCCAUCAGCGGAAAAUGGACCAUGAAAGAAACAACCUCAUCCUAAUAAUCCGUUACAGGCGGGCCGAAGUCGAGAAGAUGAGCAAGGCUAUGAACGACCUGAACGAACGACAUGAGAUCACAAACGCACAGCAGGGUAAAAAGCUCCAGCAGGCAAUGGACAUGGUGCAAGACAAAGACAAUGUCAUUACAGCUCUCAACCAGACAAUGGAGGACUGGAAAAAGGAGGAGGCCCAGACUAUUAGAGUUAUUGCCGACCUCAAGUCCCAGUCUGCCCUCCACAUGGAGAAAAGGCUGGUAGAGAAAGAAGAGCUGGAGAGGUUGAGAGAGGCACAGAAGGGAUGGAUGGAAAAGGAGAGCAAGCAGAUGGAGGAGUCUGAGUUUCUCAUUCAGACCAUCCAGAAUAUGAAGCAGAUGCAGGAAAUGUUCCUUGAGGACAUCAUGAUGAAAAUAAGCCAGCUGCAGGAAGCUCAAGAAAUGGAAGCUCUGGAAAAAAUGGAAGCAGUGAAUAAAAAGAACCAAAAGUUCAGCUGCCUGAAAGCCUUCUGGUCAAAGAAGAAACCCAAGAAGCAUCCAAACAUAAGAGAAACGAACUAAGAACAAUUCUUUCCUCUUUAUUGGAUAAACCUUCCAUUUUAGGGUACCAGUAUUAUUUGGACAGGAUAUUUCUAGUAAAGUUAUUGGUUUAGUCCCUGGUUGCUUAUUUUGCA